UCUUCAAAAAAAUAAAAUUGGUGCUCUGUCUCAUUUCUCGGGCGGGAAAUCCCUGGAAUCCUUAACCUUCUCCUCUCUCUCUGAGUCUCCAUCCAUGGGCUCUCAGGAGGAGAAACCAAAAUUGCUGUUGGAAGAUGGGCUCUCAUCAGAGAAUGGAAAUGGAGGACCAUACACAGGAGAUGGAUCGGUCGACAUUCAUGGAAAUCCAGUCCUAAAGAAUGGCACUGGCAAUUGGAGAGCAUGCCCCUUUAUUUUAGGGACUGAAUGUUGUGAACGUUUGGCUUACUAUGGAAUAGCAACCAAUCUUGUUGCUUACCUUGCAAAAAAAUUACAUGAGGGAAAUGCCCCUGCAGCAAGAAAUGUCACAACUUGGCAAGGGACUUGCUACCUCACCCCCCUGAUUGGAGCAAUAUCGGCUGAUGCAUACUGGGGAAGGUACUGGACAAUUGCAGUCUUCUUGACAAUAUACUUUAUAGGAAUGGGUACAUCGACCCUUUCAGCAUCAGUUCCUGCCUUCAGGCCUCCAUCCUGUGCAGGAUCAAUUUGCCCAGAAGCAAGACCAGCUCAAUAUGCUGUUCUCUUUAUUGGUCUCUAUCUGAUUGCAUUAGGGUCUGGUGGAAUUAAACCUUGUAUCUCCUCCCUUGGUGCUGAUCAAUUCGACGAUACAGAUCGAGCAGAAAGAGUGAAGAAGGGAUCCUUUUUUAAUUGGUUUUAUUUCUCUGUGAAUAUCGGUGCACUUUUAUCCAGCAGUUUUCUUGUGUGGGUGCAAGACAGUUAUGGGUGGGCUCUGGGCUUUGGUAUUCCUACACUGUUUAUGGGCCUAGCCAUUAUAAGUUUUUUCUCAGGGACCUCACUUUAUAGAUUUCAAAAACCGGGUGGAAGUCCUAUUACAAGAGUAUGCCAGGUGGUCGUAGCUUCUCUUCGCAAGUGGAAGGUAGAUGUCCCCCAUGAUAGUUCUCUUCUCCAUGAACUACCAGGCAAAGCCUCAGCAAUCAAAGGGAGUAGAAAGUUGGAGCACACAGAUGAACUCAAGUUUCUUGACAAGGCUGCAACAGUUUUAGAUCUUGAUGAGAGGAUCGAAAGCUUCUCCAACCCAUGGAGGCUCUGCACAGUCACUCAGGUGGAAGAACUGAAGUUAUUGGUACGCAUCUUCCCAAUCUGGGCUACCAGCAUUGUGUUUGCUGCUGUCAUUGCGCAGAUCUCUACAUUGUUUGUCGAACAAGGGAUGGUUCUUGAGACGACCAUUGCUUCAUUCAGCAUUCCUCCUGCAUCUCUAUCUACCUUUAAUGCGAUCAGUGUUAUCUUAUGGAUUCCAGUCUACGACAGGGUUCUUGUGCCAUUAGCAAGGAGAUUCACGGGCAAUGAGAGAGGCUUUUCAGAAUUGCAGAGGAUGGGUAUCGGCCUUUUCAUAUCUAUACUGGCAAUGGCUGCAGCAGCACUGCUGGAGAUAAAGCGUUUGAGCAUCGCAAAGGCUGAGCAUUUGGAGCACCAAAAAGUGGCAGUUCCCCUCAGCAUCUUCUGGCAGAUACCUCAGCAUGUCUUGGCUGGAGCGGCAGAAGUAUUCACAGCCAUCGGGCAGCUCGAAUUUUUCUAUGAUCAGUCUCCUGAUGCCAUGAGAAGUCUCUGUAGUGCGCUAUCAUUUGUCACAAAUGCACUGGGGAAUUACCUAAGCUCUCUGAUCCUGACCAUUGUGACACAUAUAACAACCCAAGGAGGGAAGACUGGGUGGAUUUCUGAUAAUUUAAAUGAAGGGCAUCUCGAUUUCUUCUUCUGGCUUCUAGCUGCACUCGGUUUGUUGAACCUCGUAGUUUAUGUUUACUGUGCCAUGAAGUAUAAAAGCAAGAAGGCUUCUUGAACUCUGUCUUUGUUGUGUACAAAUACUUUUACAAGAUGCUAGAAUGGUUAUAGAUGUGUCACUUAACCAUGUAGAAGUAUCCUUCCUAUGUGAUGUUUUAGAUCAGGAAGAUGAUAAUAUUAUAUGAUAAUUGAUAAGUU